GUCUGCCUUUUGUAGAUUAUAGAACAGUGUUCGGUUAACUCCUUAAAUGUCAUUGGGUCCCACCAGGAUAAUGUGCUUAUCGCAGUGGUUGAACAGUUAGGGGUCACCGACCUGUGUACUCAGCAAACAGCUGGUGAGUUGCCUGUCUCUCCCAAUCUGGGUGUUACCUCCUGUAAUUGGUCGCCCUCCUCCUUUACCUGUUUUCAGAACAAGGUAAUGAGGUGUUCGAGAAGAGUUGGGCAGAACAAAGAGUUCAACAUGACGCUGUUGUGCAGAUGUUUCCGUUUGGCUUCUCGCCCGUCUCAGGUAGUACGGGCCAUCGGACAAACUUGCAGAGCAAGUGCCACUCAAAGACCUUUAGCCCAGGAGUUGGAGGGACCACUAAACUUUUCUGAUGGCAAAGUAUUCAAGCUUAAAAGUGGAUGGGAGGUUGUCCGAGGUCUUCUGAUAUUUAGGAUGUGCUCCUUCCCAACUCUGGUGAAACACUCUGAAAAGGUGAGUGAGGGCAUGCAAGCAAAGCAUAUGGAAAGUAUAAGGACAUUUUAACCCACAGUAAACUAUAUUUUUAGUUUUUGUGUAAAUCUCAAAUGGCACUUAUUACAUAGUAAUCAAGGUUCAUAAUGAUAGGUUCAUGGAGUUUGGCUUCCCAGACAUCAUUUAGCAAUUGACUCUGAAAUAGGAGAAAAUAAACAAUGAGAAUCUUUACUAAUUUGGUUUCAAACAUUAAAAAAAUCCUCAUGGAAUCCUAUGUAGUAAUCUGGUUAUUGCUCAAAUCAAAGUAAUUGGGCCAAUGACAUUGCACUGUAUCAUCCCAAUCUGGUACAAGGUGACCCGAUGCCAAUAUGGAAUGUUCAGAUCCAUCGUAAAUUCCACAAUGUGUUCCAUACAGCCCCGGGUAAAGCUGAGUAGAAUAUAUGGAGAGAGAACAAGGCAAAUACUGGGAUAUUCAAACCUAUAUAAGCAGCUAAAUGUAUGUUGUGAAUCUUGUUUAUGAGCCUAAUGCAAAAUACUGAAUGAGGUGUACAGGAAAUGUGAUGUGCGGAAUAAGACCAUGACAAAAAUAUAUUUAAUAAAGUCCUACUUAUUGAAGUGUCAUGGGUCUGAUGAGGAAGGGGUGCUGUCCAUAGCUUGUAACCCAAAAUGCCAGAAAACAAGAAUACACACAAUCAAGACAAAACACAAGUGUAUUAUUAUUUACAAGAAACAGAUAACUUUGCAUUGGAGAAGGAAGCAGGGCCUCUGGAUACAGGAUAAUCAGGAUAGCGGCUUACUCAGGAACACCGAGGGGCUGCACAGGAUAGCAACUUGCUCAGGAACACCGAGGGGCUGCAUAGGAUAGCGGCUUACUCAGGAACACUGAGGGGUUGCACAGGAUAGCAGCUUACUCAGGAACACAGAGGUGCUGCACAGGAUAGCGGCUUACUCAGGAACACCGAGGGGCUGCACAGGAUAGCGGCUUACUCAGGAACAACGAGGGGCUGUACAGGAUAGCGGCUUACUCAGGAACACCGAGGGGCUGCACAGGAUAGCAGGUUGCUCAGGAACACUGAGGGGCUGCACAGGAUAGCGGCUUACUCUGGAACAACGAGGGGCUGCACAGGAUAGCGGCUUACUCAGGAAAACCGAGUGGCUGCAAAGAUAGCGGCUUACUCAGGAAAACCGAGGGGCUGCACAGGAUAGCGGCUUACUAAGGAACAACGAGGGGCUGCACAGGAUAGCGGCUUACUCAGGAACAACGAGGGGCUGCACAGAAUAGCGGCUUACUCAGGAAAACCGAGGGGCUGCACAGGAUAGCGGCUUACUCAGGAACACGAGGGGCUGCACUGCACAGGAUAGCACUCUGGAACAACGAGGGGCUGCACAGGAUAGCGGCUUACUCAGGAACACCGAGGGGCUGCACAGGAUAGCGGCUUACUCAGGAAAACCGAGGGGCUGCACAGGAUAGCGGCUUACUAAGGAACAACGAGGGGCUGCACAGGAUAGCGGCUUACUCAGGAACAACGAGGGGCUGGAUAGCGGCUUACUCAGGAACAACGAGGGGCUGCACAGGAUAGCGGCUUACUCAGGAACAACGAGGGGCUGCACAGGAUAGCGGCUUACUCAGGAAAACCGAGGGGCUGCACAGGAUAGCGGCUUACUCAGGGAAGCAGCUGGCUCUGGGACACCUAGGAUAACAAGCUCUGCAACACUGAAGUUUACGCAGGACAGAAGGACUAGACCAAAACCAAAAUGAAUGAACUGGCAAAAAAGAAGGGGUGAGACGAGACUAAAUAGGGAGACGAUAAUUGCAAGGUUGGGCCAACUGGGAACAGAGUCAGACCUCUCCGUUAGGGAGCAGCAGCCUGCAACAGCGCCACAGUCAAGCAGUGGCAGUGUGAGGUACUGCACCAGACUGAAGAGAACAAACCAGUUUAUAUGAUUUGCACUGGCACAUGCCAAAAGGAAGAUCUGUGAGUGAAAAUGGGGACAAUCGCUCACCUUGUGCAAGCCCCGCGCCAGAACCUGUCCUUCUGGUCCAGGAAAGUUGCAUCUCCCAGGAGUGUCUGGAGAAUCUCGCUUGACCCAAAUCAGUUGUCCACCAUCCCGCACAGAAUGUGGACACAAUUCUUCUGUUCUUCUAAGAAUAACUUGCCAGAUGUCUUGCAUUGUUCCCCAGAAUGGACCGGAAUAAUCCUAUUUAUUUAAUAUGGGGUUUGGUUAAACAAACACUAUUCUCUCCCCACCUUGACUGUUGUAACAUAUACCAGGCAGUAAUUAAGAGUAGCAAACUCUGUGAAUACUGCUGGGAGAGGUUACUAGUUUACUUGCAGUGUAUGUUAGUGUCUUACCUACUGCAAUAUUACCAUCUGAUUCCUACCUGGAAGACUCCUAUCCAGGAAUGAUGAUACAAUGUAUCCCAAGACAAAAAUCUAAAUAAAAAGUGACAUUACCCCAACAGUGGACUAUUCUUUCUAGGCAUGUGUUUUCUUUUCACUGGUCUGUCUCGUUUCUCUGUUAUCUUAUAGUUAAUGUCACUGUCACGCAGACUGCUAGGCCGCCGUCUCUUUGAGUUGGUUAUGAGAUGGUCGGUUUAUGGACAGUUUGUGGCCGGGGAGACAAUUCCUGAGAUCAAAGAUAGCAUCAGUCGGCUGAGAAAGAUGGGGAUUCGUCCAAUGUUGGCAGUUCCCAUUGAGGAGGACCUGGGCGAGAGCAAAAGCGGGUGAGAUUGGGCACAAUGUUUGUAUUUCUAACACAGUCUGUCUCCAUGUAUGGGUAACUAUCUAUCCCACUAUACACACAAAGGGGAGAAGCAGUUUGUGCAGCCCUUAGAAGGGUCACAUGACUCACACCUUCUACCUUAUCAGAGUAUAAAGAAAAUUCAAAUAAUUAAAGGGACACUUCAGACCCGUAAAACACCUGAGUUUGCUGAAAACCUUUAUGUGUGAAGUGUACUCUUUUUUUAAUUUUACAAAAAGUGCAGAUUUCAAUAAAAAUUGAACCUUGUUACACCCCCCUGGCUGUCAGUCAAAGAACCGGACCUGUUAGUUCCUGGUUUGUUUAGCUCAGUGUAACUAAACUCAAAAGGCAGCAAUUGCCCAGAGCACCUGCCUUGCAAAGACUUCUCAUUGAGCUGCACUGGGAAGUCUCUGAUUGGACAGCCACAAAAUGUCUGGGUGGGGUUAGAAGGGGAGGGUUUCUAAAAGCUGCAGACAAGAGAUCUGCAGGUAUUGCAUGCUCUUUUCUGUUAUAGCCUAAUGAAAAAAUGCAUAUUUAAAUGCAUGCGUUUGCUUUUGGGGUUUAUCUACUAAACAGUGAUUUUUAAAAAGUUAUUGUGCAUUUGGGCAGUGAAGUGUCCCUUUAAGGUAUUCUCAUUAGACAAGAACGUAGGCAUGACGCUUUGCCAGCAUUAUUUACCCAGAGCUCAUCCAACUAUCAGUAUCGAUAAGUUAAGAAGUUUGUGCAAUGCUAUAUCUAAUACCCGGUGAGGCCGGAAUCAGCAGUAAUUCCCGUAACACUGAGUUCAUCACUAACACUAGUUUUGAAGAAUUAUGACCCAUUCCUCUUUAAAGACCCAUUUCAUUUCAGUGACAAUUACUUCUUUACACUUGGCGCGUUUGGAGUUUAUACUAUGAGAAUUGGGAAGAAGAUAGAAUUUUAUAUAUUUCAGGCCAAAAAAGCAGAACACGAAAAAUGUUCUCCAGUAAAAUCUAAUUGGCCAAUACUGGCCCAAAAUUUCCAGACUUCUGGUCUUCUCUGUUUUGAAGAUAAGGGGUCAGUUAGUUUGAAAUAUUAUAACUGGAAACUUGAUAAACAUAAAUGUAAUUCUCAAAAGAUUAUUUAAAUCUGUUUUAAUUUAGCAAAAACAUUCAAAAACAUAAAUAAUCCUCACGAGUCUUCUGUUAUUAUGUAGAUAAAUGAAACCUCUCGAGUGAAUGGCUUUCUGCUAGACGGCCUUUGUAAGAUAUUGUUGCCCUGGUCAGGAUGUUUCUGUGAUUCUCUGUCGGAGUCCUGUCUUCUCUCCCCUCGCAGAGAGCGCUGGUAUGAGCUAAACGAAGAGGUCAUGCGGGACUGCGUCAAUCUCUCGGCUGCUGGUGGAGACCAACCCAUGAUGCAACUCAAAAUCACUGCGCUAAUGAGUGCCGACCUGUGUGUGAGUGAAACAGAAGACAGCUGGAAACACUCAGACACUGAGAUAGGUGACACACGGGGUGACAUUACAGGAUUUAGAAUAAGGAGAGGGAAUGGUGAGAUACAAAGAAACCUGGAUAACAAUAAUAAUUAAUAACAAACGCCUAUAGAGACACCGCUGAGUUGAAUAGAAACAUGAAUUCACUAGGACGGAGCAGAGGUGACUUCUGAAGGUUUGCUUCACAUUUCCCUGAAUAAAGCUUUAAAAUCUCUCCAGGCUAAGCAUCCGUCAUGCUCAGACAAGGGGUUUCUGGGACUUGUAGUUUUGUUGUCAGAUGUCUACUCAUAAAAGCUACAAACUCCCAUGAACCUUUGCUGUGCUUCCUGAUGACAUGCUAUGUUAUUGGACAGUACAGCUUAGGAGGGUGGGACAGAAAGGGAGAUGUAUAUAUCGGUACAAGAACCAGCAAGAAGGAAGUAUUCUGCCACGAGGAAGGAGGACAGAGGAGGCGGGUCUCGCAUACAGAAUGCUGAAAAACAUUAUUUCUUUAAAUAAGACUAGCAUAGCAAAAACAUUGAAAACUGAUUGGGAUGUGUAUAGGGCUAACACUGUCAAGCAGGGGUGCUCAAAAGGUAGAUCCCCAUAUGUUGUAGAACUACAACUCCCAUGAUGCUUUGCAUGCCUUUAGAAUGCUUUUUAAAAUGACGAAGUUGUAGUUUUAAAACAUCUGGGAUCUACCCUCUGGGCACCGCUGCAGUAAAAGGAUUGAAGAAUGUUGCCUCAUUUCUAUUCGGUUGUAUAAAUCCUGGUUUUUCUCUUCUGUCUCUGGAUCCCAUCAGAAGCGGCUGUCUGCUUGUCUAUCUGACCCGUCGCUUGAAAGAGAUCUCAGCGUGCAGAGAAUUGUCUCAGUCAUGGAAGGGGAGGUGAGUGGGCACUGGAAUUAGCUAUGAUCUCUUAUUGAUCUUGUGCCACUCUGAUGCCCUGAGUUACCACGUGUCAUGACCGCCUCCAUUCGAUGGCCCCCCCAUUCCUCCCUUGACUUGUGUUAUUUGAUUACAGGACUCUGCUUUCCCCUUUCUGUCCGAGGAGCAGAACUUGCACCUGCAGAAUGCUGUGCGCAGACUGAGCCGGAUUGGGAAGGUAGGUUCUGCCCAGCUCGAUGGAUUACGGAGGGAAAAAAUAUCACACCACUUUGUUACAUUGGCUUUAAUCAGAAAGAUAACAUUAAAGCCUCUGUCUGCUGGCUCUGUGUGUUCAGACCUCGUUUAUCACAGAAUUCUAUGUUGGAUAAAUAUACAAGGUGCAACAUAUAUCAAUAAACCCUGAAACGCCAAUGUAGAGAAAUAUGUAUGUUGAUAACAGAGGAUAUGAACUACCUCUGUUUGCUGCUUAGAAAUUAACACACACAUUUCUCACAUUGUGGCUGACUGAACAUCACAGGAACACAAACAUCUGGGAUGCCCAUCGUUGACCAAGGCCAUUAAAUGGCAUCCGUGAGACUAGAGGGACAUGCAUUUUUUAUAUACAGUAUCUCACAAAAGUGAGUAAAUUUUUGUAAAUAUUUUAUUAUAUCUUUUCAUGUGACAACACUGAAGAAAUUACACUCGGCUACAAUGUAAAGUAGUAAGUGUACAGCCUGUAUAACAAUGUAAAUUUGCUGUCCCCUGAAAAUAAAUCAACACACAGCCAUUAAUGUCUAAACCGUUGGCAACAAAAGUGUGUACACCCCUAAGUGGAAUUGUCCAAAUUGGGCCCAAAGUGUCAAUAUUUUGUGUGGCCACCAUUAUUUUCUAGCACUGCCUUAACCCUCAUGGGCAUUGAGCUCACCAGAGCUUCACAGGUUGCCACUGGAGUCCUCUUCCACUCCUCCAUGACGACAUCACGAAGCUGGUGGAUGUUAGAGACCUUGUGCUCCUGCUUCUUCCGUUUGAGGGUGCCCCACAGAUGCUCAAUAGGGUUUAGGUCUGGAGAUAUGCUUGGCCAGUCCAUCACCUUUACCUUCAGCUUCUUUAGCAAAGCAGUGGUCGUCUUGGAGGUGUGUUUGGGGUCGCUAUCAUGUUGGAAUACUGCUUUGCAGCUUAGUCUCCGAAGGGAGGGGAUCGUUCUCUGCUACAGUAUGUCACAGUACAUGUUGGCAUUCAUGGUUCCCAUAAUGAACUGUAGCUGCCCAGUGCCUGCAGCACUCAUGCAGGCCCAGACCAUGACACUCCAACCACCAUGCUUGACUGUAGACAAGACACACUGUCUUUGUACUCCUCAUGUGGUUGCCGCCACACACGCUUGACAGCAUCUGAACUAAAUACAUUUAUCUUGGUCUCAUCAGACCACAGGACAUGGUUCCAAUAAUCCUUAGUCUGUUUCUCUUUAGAAAACUGUUUACGGGCUUUCUUGUGCAUCAUCUUUAGAAGAGGCUUCCCUCUGGGACGACAGGCAUGCAGACCAAUUUGAUGCUGAGUGUGCCGUAUGGUCUGGGCACUGACUGGCUGACCUCCACCCCCCAACCCUUUAACCUCUGCAGCCAUGCUGGCAGUACUCAUACGUCUAUUUCCUAAAGACAACCUCUGGAUAUGACGCUGAGCACGUGCACUCAACUUCUUUAGUCGACCAUGGCGAGGCCUGUUCUGAGUGGAACCUAUCCUGUGAAACUGCUGUAUGGUCUUGCCCACCGUGCUGCAGCUCAGUUUCAGGGUCUUGGCAAUCUUCUUAUAGCCUAGGCCAUCUUUAUGUAGAGCAUAAAUUCUUUUUUUCAGAUCCUCAGAGAGUUCUUUGCCAUGAGGUGCCAUGUUGAACUUCCAGUGACCAGUAUGAGAGUGAUAACACUAAAUUUAACACACCUGUUCCCCAUUCAGACCUAAAACCUUUAGGGAUUUGGGACGCAAGCGCUCUCAAGAAGCGCGAAAAAGAGAACACGGCCGAAAAGGAUCUUCAGGUGGACUAGAUUAAUAAUUUUGUUUAGCGAUUGGUUAAUAUUGUAAGGCAGGGUAUUUAUAUGUUAUUGUAUAUGUAUGGUAUAUUUGUGCCACAAGCCCCUGACGAAGUCUUGUAGACGAAACGCGUAGGGUGGCAAGCUUUAUUUUUACAAUUCAAUAUUUUUUAUUCUGGACUCUUUGUAUUCACUUUGUCCUCUUCCUCUGGCGUUGUAUUUUAUUUGGGAUGGCAGACAGUGGAUGUGAUUCAAAUUGAUGAGCCCUUUUACUUCUUUUAUCUUGUAAGUGUAUCCAAUAAAGCAAAUUUUCUAAUACCAUACAGUUAUACACUAUGUUUUUCUUCUGUGCUCUGUUUUAAGUAUUCAUCUUCAUACACAAGAAGAAGAAGAAGAAUAAGCAUUUGAAGAAAUUUGGCUAUACCCUGCCUUUUUACUUCUAUGUUUGUGAGUGUUUUAUAUUUUUUUAUUUUUAAUAUUUAGUUAUUUUUGUCUGCACUAUUGGUCUCCCUUUGUAUUUUUAGGUUGUGCAUUUUAUGGUUUUAGACAUUAAUGGCUGCCUGUUUAAUUAUUUUGAGGGGACAGCAAAUUGACACUGUUAUAGAGGCUGUACACUUACUACUUUACAUUGUAGCAGAGGGUCAUUUCUACAGUGUUGUCACGUGAAAAAAAUAUAAUAAAAUAUUCACAAAAAUGUGAGGUGUGUACUCACUAUUGUGAGAUACUGUGUGUAUAUAUAUAUAGUACAUAAACUAGUUUCAUGAUAACGUGUUUAAACCCCCCAGUCAGUCACCUCUGUAAUGAUAUCCAGUAAGGCUAAUGCAAUAAAUGCUAAACACGAUACGAGUUGGAUCAUUAACAUUUAAUCAGCUCCUGCACCGUGCCAGCUCUGAAUGUAAGAUAAUUCUAUCUGUAAGGUGAAAUGUAAUUUCUAUAAGGAAAUGGUUAUAUAUUGUUUAAUGGUUUCUUCUCAGCUAGUCUGAUUUAUUGCUGAUAAAAUCCAUUUAUUAUGUGAAUUAGGCCCAGUGCAAUCUCUCUGACGUGUUAUUUCAGACAUUGCAUGGUGAGGUUCAUUUUCUAUAAAUGUAUUCCCGUGUAAUACAUAACCAAUGAUGGUGUCUUUUUCCCAGCAUGCUAGAGCCAGCCGGGUCUGUGUUUUGGUGGAUGCAGAAUAUACGUAUAUGAACCCUGCCCUUAGCCUGGUUACAAUGGCGAUGAUGGCUCAGUGUAAUGAAUCCGAACCGUGGAUAUGGAAUACAUACCAGUGUUAUCUGACGGUAUGGACCUACCUUCCUUAUGACGUCCACACACAAUACAUGCCCAGUAACGACCAACACUCAGUCAUCUCACUUUACCCUGUCCUAAUGAGGGUCCCACUGAAUGCUGAAUCCUGGAUGUAAAUAGAGGUUUAUAAACUGCACAUCUCACGGAUUUCCUAAAAUCACUCUGACUUACAACGCACCCCAGAAAUCUCUGGGCGACAUGAAGGAGCAAUGAUUCUAGAGUUAUGAAAGUACUGAUAUUUCUUCCCUUUGAGAUAAGUAAGACGAGUGCUUUCCCUGUAUCACGGCUAUCGGCCUUGUUAAUGUCUGACAAUACUUCUCUCAUUUGUGUGUCCUCAAUCACAGGAGACUUUCUCAAACCUCUCCCAUGAUUUGGAAGUGAUCCAGAGACUGGGUGUGUGUUUCGGAGUCAAGCUGGUACGCGGCGCCUACAUGGACAAAGAACGUAGGCUGGCACGAGAGAAGGGCUACAGUGACCCCAUACAGCCAGACUGGGAGGCUACCAAUAAGAGGUAAGUGGCCAGCAACAGGACUCUCUACACUACCAUACAAGGUAAAUAUAUGAGCCUCAUCGUCUUCUUAUCCAUGCCAAAGGAGGAGAAGGGAAGCAGAGCAUUUAGAGGCAGUAUUCUAAGAAGGGAGGGAGUCAAAAUAUAUAUCUGGGAACCCCAAAAUCUGACCCUUUAUCGUAUUUGAUCACCCCAGUUACCAGCGGGCACUGGACAAAAUGCUGGAUCUGAUCGGAAAAGAUGGGAAGAGCUAUAACCUCAUCAUCGCCAGUCACAACGAGAAUUCUGUUCUGCACGCCACUCGGAGGUGAGUGCAAUAAUUUAGGAAGAAUAUUGUAUAAUGGAACACGGUGUAUACCGAGUCAUAAAACGUACAAAAAUGGAUUCAUUACUGGGUAUCUUUUUAUUGUUUAUUGAAAUUGGCCCUUACAGGAUGGCAGAACUGGAUAUUGAUAAGAACAGUGGAGCUGUGUGCUUCGGACAGCUGCUGGGCAUGUGUGACCACGUGUCCCUUACUCUAGGUACGUGUCUGAUAAAUGUCAAAUGUUUCGAAAUCAGUCCUAAAUGACUUAAAAGUUCAGGUUUUUUGCAGGUUAACCAACUUUCUCGAAGUGAAAAUAUCAAUAAAACAUUCCAUAGAUCCGUGUGGACUGGUUUGGGAUCUGCUGCUCUAAAACAUCUUUCUUUGCAUUACAUCACUCUCUAAUCAAUACGUCUCCCAAUGCUCGACAUACCGUUAUUUAAUUAAUACUCUCUAAUCAAUACGUCUCCCAAUGCUGGACAUACCGUUAUUUAAUUAAUACUCUCUAAUCAAUACGUCUCCCAAUGCUGGACAUACCGUUAUUUAAUUAAUACUCUCUAAACAAUACUUCUCCCAAUGCUGGAGAUACCGUUAUUUAAUCUAUAAAUAAGGAAUGGUAGGUUUCUAGUGCUUGUAGUUGAGUUGAGAAGUUAGCUCAAACAUCCCAGACCAGAGUCUCUCUUUUCCGAUUGUCGAUAAGAUGUACACGGAUAAAGGAGGGUGCAGCGCCUUGUAAAGUCCUAGGGUAUGGGCAUGUAUGCAACGAGACAAAGAGAUAAUAUAGCAGAUAUUUAGUGUAAUAUGCCAACUAUUGGUUGAAGAUAAAAUAAAAUGAGGUAUACUUACAGUGUACAGGGCUAUCUGUUUUUCUUCUGUACGCCUGUGGGUAUAAUCCCUGCCUAAGGAAAUGCGGCGUAUCCCUGGGUCCGGUGGUAGGUGAUCCGGAAGGUAUGCAAAAUAGACACGAUAUAGUGUAGUAUAUUUGGUAUUAUAAGUAGGGUAAAUGUAUGUUUGAAAAUGCACUCACAUACUAUGGAGCCUCCUACUGCUCCCAGUAAACAGUGUAUGUGAUAUGUGGCUGAAGUUCUCACAGUGGUCAUAUGUGCAUAAAAGAAGAAAUAAGAUAUAUUGCUCGCUGUAGUAUAAAAAAGUGUAAAUUAAAUUGGAAAAGUCCUCACUGGUUUAGAACAAAAUGACAGUUUUGCUCUAUCCUCAAGGAAAUUGGUUUCAAAACUUCAGGAAAAAUCAGGAUGGUCUAGGAUUGUUGGAAUGUUAUUUAAUCAAUACGAGACUAUUCUGCUCCACCACCCACCAUAUGACACUGACAGUCGUACAGGGAUUAAUACACAAACAGCCAGGAGUGACAAGCUGACAAAUGAUUUCUGCUCAUAACAGCUGAAUUGGGAAAAAUCUGCAUUACAGACACAAUUUUUGAUUGUCAUAACUAACUGUUUAUUCAAUAGAUCUCUUAUUUUCUGCUUGCCACAGACUAAUUAUUUUUUAAUAAACUUUUCAAAUUAUUUAAUAUUUUAAAUCAAAUUUUGAAAUAGAUAAUUUUUCUUCAAAAUAUUAAAAUAUCUAAUAAUAUAUCAUAUAUAAAAAAUAUGAAAUAAGCAAAAAAUAUCCAAUCAUUUGAAAAACUUAUCAAAAAUAUUAGGUUGAGGUGCAAGAUUGCAAAACAACCUUUUAAGUAUCAAACAUCGUGACUCCAUGCGCCCCUUCCACCCCACAGUGCCUGCCCUUUAGUAGUUUAGUUAGGAAAUUAUGGUGAGUUUUGAAUUGUUGUGGUUUCAUCCAUCUGAUAUCCGAUCUUCGACCUCCAUUGUGUACAAAUAUCUCCAUUGCUUCUCACUCAGGUCAGGCAGGUUACCUCGUGUAUAAAUCAAUUCCCUACGGGUCCGUCAAUUCAGUGCUGCCAUAUCUGGUCCGAAGAGCGCAAGAGAACCAGAGUGUCCUUCAAGGGAUUAGAAAGGAGAGGGAACUUCUACGCAGAGAGCUAAGGAGGCGAUUGCUUGGCAGACGAUAGACAAUCUGCAGUCAAGGCCAAAGGCAGAAGAGGACUUCAGGCUGAUGUUCAAAUCAUGGCAAAGAGACAGUCAAUAUCUCCAAAACAACGUCUAGAACAAUACGUAGAUGGACAUUUAAUUGAAAGAGCACAUAAUGUGCGAGACCCACCUAGGUCUCCAGAGACAGAAAAAAAUAUCUAAAUUUUUAACAGUGUCUGGAAUAAAUUACAUUUUAUUAGUAAAAAUCUCUGUCUCAGAAACAAAUAACAUUUAUAGUAUGAUCUACAUAUUAAAACAUACCGGUGGGAUAUAAUAUAUUGGGAUAAUAUAAUCUAACAUUUAUUGUAUGAUCUAAAUAUUAAAACAUACCGGUGGGUUAUAUUAUAUAUAUUGGGAUAAUAUGUCUAAGAUUUAUAGUGAGAUAUAUAUAAUACGUUGUGGAAUAAUAUGUCUAUGUAACUGGUUUCAGCCAGGGGUCCAUUGGUAAUGGCUGAGUGCCUGUCCUGUGUCCUGAUAUAGUUCAGGAAUGUGCUGACCUAAUAGUUCACAUCACAUGGCAGCCAGAGAGGGGGUCAGUGAACUGUAGGGAGUAAAAUAAGAGCGAAG